UUUCUUCCUAGCUUAGUUCCCUCCCCUUCCUCCGAACUCUGAAAACCAACUUCCCCAUUUGGUUGAGUUCCCCUUGGAUUUGAUCCGAUGGUCUUAAACUUUCAUUAAGUAAACUACUCUUUCGUAACCAAGGGUCGCCUUUCGUCUUCCCUUGGCUUACAUUUUCCUUUUAAGACGAAAGUUUGCUAUACCAAAUCAAGCUUAUCAAGAUGGAUAAGGUACUACGAUUGGCAAGAGCAAAUGAUGUGGUGAUUUUUAGCAAGAGCUCAUGUUGCCUGUGCUAUGCAGUCAACAUUCUAUUUCAGGAGAUUGGAGUGCACGCUUCAGUUAAUGAGAUCGACAAUGACCCUGAUGGCAGAGAAAUGGAGAAGUGUCUUAUGAGGAUGGGGUGCUCUUCUGUUCCGGCUGUGUUCAUAGGUGGAACACUGAUUGGAUCAACCAAUGAAGUCAUGUCUCUCCACCUGAAAGGCCAACUGAUCCCAAAACUGAAGGCUUAUGAGCAGAAGGCAACAUCUUGAAGAUUAAACUACUCAAAUAUCAUGUCCCAGAAACAAAAAUAAACUGGCUCAAUUUGGUACUGUAGUGAUGAGCUUUGUAUUCAAAUUUUAUGUAGUGUUUGACAUGUCAUGUACUUUGUAAGAUUGGAUUAGCAAUAUAUAUAGCAUGUAAUCUGUUUCCUAUUGUUAAUGAAAGUUAGCUUGCAUACA